AUGUCGCACGAUGUUCUACACACAGUAAUAGAAGGAACAGUGGUUGCCUCUUACCUGUUACUUCUUUUCAUUAUCGUCACAUCUAAAGCGAAAAUUUUCGAAACUGCUUUUUACUCGAUGUUUGUGGCAACAGGUAUUGCGGACGUGAUUUCCAUCCUCACAAGUUGCUUCCACCGUCUCAACCGUCAACUUUCCUUGGGUCCAGAGUACAGGCUGGUUGUCUCAAUUGCUGUAGUUCUCAGUGGGACCACCUUUCUCACUCACAUGAUCGGAAAUAUGAUCAUCACUAUCAACCGCUAUUCUGCACUUUGCCUCGCCAAGAGGUAUAAUGAGGUAAGUAGUUCUAUAGAAUACGAUAUUCAACGUCACUGA